AUGUUCGAACUCCUUGGCCGAUGUAUUUGCCUGGGUUUGUCUUUCGCAGUUUUGGGAUUGUCCAUUAUGAUGACAAUUGUACCGAGUGACUAUGGCAGUCCCGGUGACUUUCGAGGUGGUGAUGGGAUGAAAGCUCCGCUGUUCACUUACGUCUUUGUCACGGCUUCUCUCACCCUCAACACAGAGGAGGCACUCUCUCAACUUUCAUGCUAUAAAAAUCACAUCCGUCGCCUGCAUCCCGGACUCGUCCUCGUGUUCGACUUGAUCAUCAUUCUCGGACUUUUUCUUUCAUCAUAUCUUGUAAUGUUCCCAACCAUGUUCCAGUUUGCACUGGCGAGGGACUUGAUUUGGAUUUCAACUGCUUUGGCCAUUAUACAUUCUUUCCUGUUUGUGUUUGCUUGUAUUGCUUGUGACAAAUGGAGGAAAGAUUAUAUUCAUCGAAAUCAGCAGGAAGCUAUUCGGAGGGGACGGGAGAGAGCUCUGAGGAUGCAGCAGUUUCACGAUGUUUACGUGUAA